AGAAUGGAAGGCGUUCAACGGUUCACUCACCGCCUCUUUCCCGUGCCCAUAGUAGCACAAAAAUGCCUCCAGAAAACCUUCACCAAAACCCCAUUGACGACGACCCGCCUAGCAUUAACUUUUCGGAAACCCAUUUUCACAAACCGGUCCAUUCACCAGGAACCCACAUUGUGCAGCAACUUAAUAACAUCAGCAUCCAUUAAAACUUACAGUCGCAGCAGCUCUUCUACUUCCGCUCAGGCCGGUUGGUUUCUGGGUUUGACGGAAAAGAAGCAGGUCUUGCCAGAAAUUGUGAAAGCCGGUGACCCGGUUCUUCAUGAACCCGCCCAGGAAGUCAGACCCGACGAAAUUGGGUCGGAAAGGAUCCAGAAGAUCAUUGAGGAUAUGGUUAAAGUCAUGAGGAAGGCUCCUGGGGUUGGCCUUGCUGCUCCCCAGAUUGGAAUUCCAUUAAAGAUAAUUGUAUUGGAAGAUACUAAAGAGUAUAUAAGUUAUGCUCCUAAGGAUGACAUUAAAGCACAAGACAGGCGGCCCUUUGAACUUUUGGUUAUUAUUAAUCCAAAGCUUAAAAAGAAGGGGAAAAAAGCUGCAUUAUUUUUUGAAGGCUGUUUAAGUGUUGACGGAUUCAGAGCUGUUGUGGAACGUUGCCUAGAGGUAGAAGUUACAGGAUUGAAUCAAGCUGGCCAACCAAUCAAAAUUGAUGCUUCAGGCUGGCAAGCUCGAAUUUUGCAGCAUGAGUGUGACCAUCUAGAUGGUACUCUGUAUGUCGACAAGAUGGUUCCAAGAACGUUUAGAACUGUAGAAAACUUGGACCUGCCACUUGCUAAUGGAUGUCCAAAAUUGGGCGUGCGCUUGCUCUCUUAGUUAAAUGCUUCUGUAGAUUCUUUUUUAGUUUUCAUCUGUUAUCUUGGAUAAAGUGGUUCAGAGUUAAGAGUUGAUUCAUCUAUUACCGCUUACCUGUAGAAUGAGAUUUUAUGUACUCCCGUGAAGUUUUGGAAAUAGUAAUACUGAGAUGUUAAACAUGGGUUUUCA